CGUGCGUUUGCUGUCGGGGACCAGGUUUUCGUGAAAGUACACCCUCUCACCAACGCCGAUCAGGUUUUCACGCGAGCUUCGUCGCGAAGUGGUCGGGUCCCAUCGCACAUCAGGAAAAACUGGGGAAAAUGGUUUUCUGGACGGAUCAGAACCCACCGCGCAAAGUGCACGUCUCCACUUUAAAACCCUCUCAUACGAACUGAUAUUCGUCCCGCAGUCGGCCAAGUCGUGCGAAAAAUAAAAAAAAAAACUGUAGUGGUAUCACAGUUGGUUUUUGCAAUAUUUUUCUUUCUUGUGUUAGAUAAUAAAUUGUCGUUAUUCCAUAGAUGUCAUACGAAGGGAAUGCACCCGCGGAGCUCCGGGACAACCGUUGGCGUCCGAGUUGGAACCACCUGAAUUUGAGCUUGGAGGACAUGGUGCGGCAGACCACCGCCCAACUCCACCUCCUACGACGAACACAGGACACGCUGAUCAGGCUGGGGGCGGUGUUUCCGUCGGACACCACGCCGCAGGGAUUGUCGGUGCACCAAAUCGGUGACGUAGACACGGCGGUACUGCAAGCCUACCCCUGUUUGUGGGCCGCGUACGAAAGGGGAUGGCACGAUCACGUGCGGGCAGCUCCGGACCAUCCACCGGUACCGACGGACCGCCAGCCCGUAUCGGGACCAGUCCGUCACGCACAGUGGACGGUCCGGAGUGCUACAACGCAAGAAUGUCCAGCACACCAAGUGCAACCGGCUUCCGGGAGGCCGGCCCAGCAACGACAGUGGAAACCAACGGCCAUAGUACAACCACGCCAGCAGCAGUCGACUCCGCAGCCGCCUUCCCACCGACCACAGACACAGCCUCAGACUUUUCAGCCGCGUCCACAACAACGGGUCCGGCCGCCGACCGCUGGCAUCACCGGACCCGACAUCCGGUUCCCGCGUCCACGACCAUCGGCUCUGCAACAGCGGGUCCGGCCGCCGACCGCUGCCAUCACCGGACCCGGCAUCCGGUUCGGGUCCGGCCGCCGACCGCUGCCAUCACCGGACCCGGCAUCCGGUUGCCGUACCGCAAAAAGCAGCCGGAAAAUCCAGUGGUUACAACUGCCCGGGAUGGGACCCCGACCACCGGUGAGGAUGCUCGGCUGAGCCACCUCCCAACGUUCGUGCCUCACGAACCUAUGGAGGACGGGGAUGACGACAUUCUCGCCGACAUCGAGGCCCUGUACCGGGAGUAGUCCCAACAAGCGGGUAACUGGGCGGUAGUAUAAAAAUAAAUAAAUAAUAUUAUAAAUAUAAUGUUUUAUGUAAAAUAAUUGUAAAUAAUAAACGAAUAUAUACUAACUCGUGAAUUGAGAA